GCGCAGGGCGCGCUACUCUUGGCUACUCUCUCGUUUGUUGUCAUUAUUGUCAUUCUGUACUCUCUUGAUUUUCCGUCUUCCGCGGCAACCUUUUGGUUUACGUGUAAUCGCCAAUCGCUCGGAAAACUGAGUUUAUUCCAAUAGUGUCUCCAAAUUUCGUGCUGUUCUAAGGAGGAUUAUUCGGUUAGAAGUGAAAAUCAACUGUUCAUUCUUCGGCAGACUAUACGUGUUUGUGCGCCCCGACAGAAAUGUCAACUAAGUUGUGUUUUGAAUGUGGUCAUUAUGCAUAACGACCGUGAACUUCCAAAUUGUACGUCGCCUUUUAAAGCUCUGAUAAUUUUACGAUCAGGUUGUGUUGUUGUGUUAUCAAUCUUCUACUCUCACUAACAUGAGAAAUUUUCUUUCCGAAGUCUACAUUCUCAAGCUAGUCACUGGUUCUUCAUCACAGCCCAGUUUUUACCAAGCUACAUCGAUCAUUUAAGAUGCACUUUUGUACCCUAUGUUUAAUUUUAUGGACAACAGUUGCAUCUGUCAGCUGCAUUUUCUUUGGAGCAGACAAAACCAUCAAUGAACUUUGUUUCUGCAAGCUGCAAGGGAAGGUUGAUGACUGUAACUGCACCAUUGAUGCUGUCGACUAUUUCAACAACAAGAAAGCUUAUCCAAGGAUUAGUAGUCUUGUCUUGAAAGAUUACUUCCGGUUCUACAAAGUGAAUUUGAAAGCUAAAUGCCCAUUCUGGACUGAUGAUAGUAGAUGUGCCAUGCGUUACUGUAAUGUGAAGCCGUGUCGCCAGUCUGACCUUCCUCCCGUCUACAAAGGAUUUGCAAAUGGUGGAGAUGUAUCUUACACGCUAUCAAAGAAUCUAGCAAGCGAUGACUGUGAGCAAGACACCAAUGCAGAGCUCAGCUUCCUGAACACAACUCUGAGUGCAUCAAUCAUGGAAGACUUUGCUGCUUGGAAAGCAUACGAUGAUGCCCAGGACUACUACUGUCAGUUACCAGAUGUUGAUGAUGAAGCAGAAUAUGUGGAUCUAACGCUGAAUCCAGAGCGUUUUACUGGUUACAAAGGAAAAUCAGCACAUCGUAUUUGGAACUCAAUCUACAUGGAAAAUUGUUUCAGGCCCAAAAAUUCUUAUGGUGCUUACAUUCGGUCCUCAAAAUUAAAUGUUGCAGGUAUGUGCUUAGAAAAACGCGUUUUCUAUCGAGUCGUAUCAGGUCUUCAUGCCAGUAUCAAUUUACAUCUCUGUGCAAAUUAUCUUCUCUCAGAGCGAGAAUCUUAUGGUAUAAUUAGUGACACUGGGCGGUGGGGCAAGAACUUCAAAGAAUUUGAGCGACGUUUCAGUCCAGCCAUGACUGAUGGAGAAGGACCUCAGUGGCUUCGUAAUCUGUAUUUUGUAUACUCACUGGAACUGAGAGCUCUGGAAAAAGCAGCUCCUUAUCUAGAGCAAGAAAAGUACUACACUGGUCGAGAAAAAGAAGAUAAUGAAACAGUUGCAGCUGUUAACGACUUCUUGCGUGUUGUGAAAACUUUUCCCGAGCAUUUCAACGAGAGUGCAAUGUUCCAAGGGGGCGACUCAGCUAAAAAAUUGAAAGCUGAUUUCAAAAGUCACUUUCGAAAUAUAUCUAGAAUUAUGGACUGUGUUGGAUGUGAUAAGUGUAAACUAUGGGGUAAACUACAGAUACAAGGUCUAGGAACUGCAUUGAAAAUUUUAUUUGCAGACCAUGUAGACUUUGAAAGUGAAGCCCAAAAAGGACAAUUUAGUACCUUUAGGCUACGACGAAGUGAAAUUGUAGCCCUCUUCAAUAGCAUUGCAAGGCUAUCAUCUAGUAUUUAUGAGUUGGAUCAAUUCGGACUGACUAUGAGGUAGUUCGUGUGAUAUGAGUCAUUUAACUCCGGAUGUCGCCUCCAAUUCAACUCAAGCCUCAAGUCUCGAAUUGAGAAGCUGUGUAGAACAUGACCAACAAUGAGCCCCCAUAGUGUCAACAUCAUCUUGUCGUAAGUCUGUAACAAUUUUAUUAGUUACUCAUCUUACUAUUUAUCGAGUGUUAGUAGGACAAAAUUAGUAAAUGUGUAAAUUAUCUGAAAAAAAUGGGAUGG